CUAUCGUCACAGCGUGAGACACGCCCCCUUCGUGUCCCAUCACCAACCGUCUGUCGAAUAGUUUGAAACUGCGUUAACGGAAAACUCCUGAAAGUCCGUUAACGCGGCGAAGAGCUGCUGUACGGACCCGUCGACUGUUCGAUUCCCGGUGUUGUUGUCUCCGUCGACCACGGACAGGACUUUACUUCCAGAUUGUUCUUGAACGUCACUGAUGGAGUACGACGUUCUGUCUCCAGAGUCCACGGUGACAACGCUGCUGUCGAGCUCAGGUCACCUGAGGAGCGGCCUGCUGCCGCCUGAACACCACACUAGCUUCAGAUACAGGAGCAAGGACUACGACUCGGCCUCUGCGGCACUGGACGCCUACAUCGCCGACUUCGAGGGCGGCUGUCAGAAGUGCAGGUCGUCGACGGGAAGCAUCAUUCUGCCGCGUGGCCCCGCCUCCACGCCGAGCAGACCCAGAGUGAGCACGCUCCGAAACAAAGAUGUUCUCAGGGAGAGUUUGACCGAGAGGGAGCUGGACUUCCUGAACCUGCCCGUCAGCUCCCUGCGCCACCGAAGCAACAGAGAGAGACUCUCCAUGACGACGGACGAGUUGCUGGACAUCCCGUACGACGGCUCCAUGCCCGUCACCCACACCUCCGCCUUUAUCCAAGGCUUCCUGUCCCAGUCUGGAGCCUCCCUGCCUCACGUCUCCUCUUUCAGCCCAGGACGUCGACACACCGACCCCCGACUGAACCAGCACCACCACCCUCACCCAGUCCGGACGUCCAGGAGCUCCAGGUGCAGAGGAAGAGCCACGUUUAAAACACGUGACAACACGUUCUCUGUGAGCAGAGCAGCAGCAGCAGCAGCAGCAGCGUCUCGGUUGGCCGAGCCCACAUCGCUUCACCCUCGCUUGUUCACCUGGGGGCCGAGCAGCGCGCCCACCCCCACAUACCCGUCCUGGAUCCAGGACUGUGAUGGCAGCGAGCCGCCGCUGCCCGCAGAAUCAGAACUGUGGCAUGACCACGGUGAUUGUCCAGCUGCAGCUCCCAGAACUGGCGCUCCGUCCUGGGUCGCGGAGCUGGAGGACGACGAUCCCGACCGGACACGUUCACAGUUCGACAGUCAGCUGACGCUGCGUGAUCUGAGGCUGCAGUUCGCUGAGCAGAUUUCGCUGCUCACCACCGAGAGGAAGAGCUCCGACAUCGUGGAAACUCUGUUCAGAGACAACAGGAUCGAGUCUCUGAUCCAGAAGGCGGAUCAGGUGUUGAACUCUCUGUGUCCGAGUCGUGAAGGAGCAGUGAGUCCGGUCCCGACAGAAGAGCUGCUGCUCACUUCCUUCACUCUGGACGAGGCAGGAGCAGCAGGGGGCAACACCAGAGCAGCUGAGGUCCAGAGCGUCCAUGCGUCGGGCCGUGGUCUCCGUGGCAGCAGCACCAGGACGCAGCCCGGUCCGGUGGAGGCUCUGAAGCAGAUGCUGUUCAGGCUGCAGACGCUGGAGGCGAAGCUCCGCCCACGAGGAGGAGGAGAAGAAGAAGAAGAAGCUCCUGCUCCGCCUGACGGGCUGAAAACGCACCAGACUCCAGUGACGCAGACGCCUGAAGGUGAAGACAGUUUCUCAUGUGGACCGUCACUACACAGAGCUCUGCACCACCUGGGUCGUCUGAAGCUGCUGGUGGAGGAGGAGCCCAGAAAGAAGACCGGGGAGGAGAAGGAUGAAGACGAAGGACGCUACUCGUCGUCGUCCGCCGACCGACUCAGCUGCUCGCAGCAGAAACCCUAGUCAAACAGUCCGAACGCAGAACUCAGACCGAAGCAGUCGACAGGAGGUGAAGUGAUAAAGUGAAGGAAGCUUUGAAACUCGAAGUGCAGUUUUCUGUUGGUGGGGAAUCGUCGUUAGAAGAUGAGAUGGUUUCAGAUCUAUUUUUCACUUUUGAUGGAGCUAAGCUUCCGGUUUCCCCUGCUAACAGUGUUUGUGCUAAGCUAAUCUAACCUCUUCCUGGAUCUGGAGCGUGAUCUUCAUCAUCUGAUUGAGGAAGACUCUGUGCUCAGGCCUGAUGAGGAUGAAGAUCUGCAGCGUCUCCGCAGCGUGAAGGAGAAGAAAGAUCGUCAUCUUUCUGAAGCAGAUGCUGAGACAAUGUGCCAAUUUGAAAAAACGUAUAUUUUUGAUAGCUACGACAUGUUAAUAUUGUAGUGACUGUGUUUGAUGAGAGGAAGUUACAAACAUCAACAGAUGAAAAUUGAGUAGAUGGAUUUUUUUAUGUGAAAAGAAAAGUCAAUUAUUAUCAAGUGAUUUGAUUAAAUCUGAUUUGAUUAAACAGUUGUGAUAUGA